AAUUGAAAAAACAGGGGAAAGAGGGUGCCUUUGCUCCUCUUUCUCUCCACCCAAACAGUGCUCAAUAAUUGAGCACAAUACUAGAAUAAUAUCACUAUCACAUUCUUUUUUCCAAUAACAGAAAAGCAUAAUGGUUUUUUAUCCGAAGUUCCCAACUUUCCUUGCUCUGUUCAUUCUUUUCUCUCUGUUCCAAACACCAGCUCUAUCAAUCAAAAGGUCUUACAUAGUGUACUUGGGAGAACAUUCACAUGGCACAGGGCUUACGUCGGCCGAUCUUCAACAGGUGGCAGAUUCUCAUUAUGAUUUGCUUGGCUCAUUCUUGGGAAGUAAAGAGAAGGGCAAAGAUGCAAUCUUUUACAACUACAAAAGAAAUAUCAAUGGCUUUGCAGCUAUUCUUGAAGAGGAGGAAGCAGCAGCUAUUGCAGAGCAUCCCGAUGUUUUGUCAGUUUUCUUGAACCGAGGGAGAAAAUUGCACACAACCCAUUCAUGGAACUUUAUGAUGCUGGAAAAGGAUGGUGUGGUUCAUCCUAGUUCUCUGUGGGAAAAGGCCAGAUAUGGUGAAGACACCAUCAUCGGAAAUCUCGACACCGGUGUGUGGCCUGAAUCACAGAGCUUCAGUGAUAAAGGGUUUGGGCCCAUUCCUUCAAAGUGGAAAGGAAUCUGUCAGAAUGACACCAAUGCUGGAGUCCCCUGCAAUAGGAAACUAAUUGGAGCUAGGUACUUCAACAAGGGCUAUCUUGCAAAUGCAGGCUCACUCAAUGCUUCUAUGGCCUCUGCACGAGACUUCGAAGGGCAUGGAACUCACACACUAUCAACAGCAGGAGGGAACUUUGUUUCUGGAGCAAGUGUGUUCGGCUUGGGCAAUGGAACUGCAAAAGGUGGUUCGCCUAGAGCUCGAGUGGCUGCUUACAAGGUAUGCUGGCCUCCGGCCAAUGGAAGCGAAUGCUAUGAUUCUGAUAUCUUGGCAGCAUUCGAUAUGGCCAUCUACGAUGGUGUAGAUGUGCUUUCAGUGUCGGUUGGUGGAGACGCUGGUGACUACUUCGAUGAUGGCCUUUCAAUUGGGGCUUUCCAUGCUGUUAAGAGUGGUAUAGUGGUAGUAUGUUCAGCUGGGAAUUCUGGACCUACUGAUGGAACUGUCACAAAUGUUGCCCCUUGGAUUAUAACUGUUGGAGCAAGCACCUUGGACCGCGAGUUCCAGACUUAUGUUGAGCUUCGCAAUGGACUGCGCCUGAGGGGAACAAGCAUUUCUAAAGCACUUCCAGAAGAUAGAUUCUAUCCCCUCAUUAGUGCUGCACAGGCCAAAGCUGCAAAUGCAUCUGCUGAGGAAGCGAUUCUAUGUAAGCCGGGAACCCUGGACACCGAGAAGGUGAAGGGUAAGAUCUUGGCCUGUCUUAGGGGGGAUAAUGCGCGAGUGGAUAAGGGCCAACAAGCUUCUUUGGCUGGGGCUGUUGGGAUGAUUCUUUGCAAUGAUGAGGCCAGUGGUAAUGAAAUUAUAGCUGAUGCUCACGUCCUUCCGGCAUCACAUGUCAAUUAUACAGAUGGUGUUGCUGUUUUUUCCUACAUCAAUUCUACCAAGAAUCCACUGGGUUUUAUUACUGAUCCAGCAACGAAAUUGAAUACAAAGCCAGCUCCAUUCAUGGCUUCUUUCUCCUCCAAGGGUCCUAAUACUGUUACACCAGAGAUCCUAAAGCCAGAUAUUACUGCACCAGGAGUUAAUAUCAUAGCUGCCUUCUCUGAAGCAACAAGCCCCACAGAUCAAGAAUUCGAUAAACGCAGGGUUCCUUUUAAUGUAGAUUCUGGUACAUCCAUGUCUUGCCCUCAUGUUUCGGGAGUUGUAGGCCUACUGAAGACACUCCACCCUGACUGGAGUCCUGCUGCCAUUAAAUCAGCAAUCAUGACUAGUGCAAGAACAAGAGACAACACUCUGAAUCCAAUGCGCAAUGGUUCUUAUGUUAAGGCGACACCUUUUAGUUAUGGUGCUGGACACAUUCGCCCAAAUCGCGCCCAGGAUCCUGGCUUGGUCUAUGACUUGACUGUCAAUGAGUACCUGGACUUCCUUUGCGGCAAUGGUUAUAACCAAACCAUGAUUCAACUAUUUUCGAAGGCACCUUAUACAUGUCCCAAGUCUUUAAAUCUCCUCAACUUCAACUACCCUUCGAUAAGUGUCCCUAACCUCUCUGGCUCAGUCACACUGACUCGAAGAGUCAAGAAUGUUGGCUCCCCAGGCACCUAUACUGCUCGUAUUCGUGAACCACUAGGAAUUUCAAUUUCGGUUGAGCCCAGCGUUCUGAAAUUCGACAAGAUUGGAGAAGAGAAGAGCUUUGAGUUGACUCUGAAAGCUAAAAGUGCUGAUGCAGCAAAAGAUUAUGUAUUUGGAGAGUUACGAUGGUCAGAUGGUAAACACUAUGUGAGGAGUCCGAUCGUGGUUGCUGCUGCCUGAGGCCUAGAAUAAACAUUAGGAUGAAGCCUUUGACAUUGGUUGGGAAGGCCAUAGAUAGUAGCAAAAACAGGAUUUAGAAUAAGUGUUAUUUUUGGGUUAUUUUUUAAUAUUUUAAUUCUUGGUUCAGGGAUAAUUGUUAGACUAGUAGAGAGAAUUAGAAGGGAUAUAUUUGUUGAUCACACUGCUUUACUAGAGCAGUGGAUCCAGAACUCAUAAUAAGUAACCUUGUGCAAUUCAAUACACAUUUUUAAAUGGUUUGACUGAUAAAUCUUUAUUUACAAGGAUGAGAAUACAUUUAAAUGUGUGUGGCAGCUUUUAGUGUGAAAAAAAAAUGUGUGUAUGCGCGCU